UCUGGCGUACCCAUGUCACGUGACGAGGGAGCUGGUGACGAGUGACAAAUCAACGGCUGCGGUUUAGGCUACAAGUUUGUUGACUUUUUGCCUUUUUGUCAUCUCCUCUCUUUAAACCGUGAGACUCGCUACCGACAUGGACAACAGCGGUAAAGAGAAAGAAGCGGCGGCUUUGGUGGCCGAGGCCGAAAAGAAGCUGAAGUCCUCGCACUCGUUUUUAGGGGCGCUUUUCGGGGGCUCCUCCAAACAGGAAGAGGCCUGUGACAUGUACGUGAGGGCCGCCAACAUGUUCAAGAUGGCCAAGAACUGGUGUGCGGCAGGAAACGCCUUCUCCCAAGCGGCUCGCCUCCACCUGCAGAUGCAGAGCAAACACGACGCAGCUACCAACUUCAUAGACGCCGGGAACGCCUUCAAAAAAGCCGACCCGCAAGAGGCCAUAAACUGUCUAAACCGAGCAAUUGAGAUAUAUACAGACAUGGGCCGCUUCACUAUUGCAGCCAAACAUCACAUUAGCAUCGCUGAGAUCUACGAGACAGAGAUGGUGGAUAUCGAUAAGGCCAUCGCCCACUACGAACAAGCUGCAGAUUAUUACAAAGGCGAAGAGUCCACCAGUUCGGCUAACAAGUGCCUCCUGAAGGUCGCCACCUAUGCCGCCCAGCUGGAGCAGUACCCCAAAGCCAUUGAAAUCUACGAGCAGGUGGCCACUCACGCCAUGGACAGCACGCUGCUCAAAUACAGCGCCAAAGAUCAUUUCUUCAAGGCGGCGCUUUGUCAUUUCUGCGUGGACAUGCUGAACGCUAAACUGGCGGUGCAGAAGUAUGAAGAAAUGUUCCCGGCCUUUUCCGACUCUCGAGAGUGCAAGCUGGUAAAGAAACUCUUAGACGCAUAUGACGAACAGAACGUGGACGCCUACACCGACUCGGUUAAGGAAUUUGACACCAUCUCACGGCUUGACCAAUGGCUCACCACCAUGCUCCUGCGCAUCAAGAAGACAAUACAGGAGGAGGAGAGCGACCUACGCUGACUUCCCCUCUCGCGUUUUUGCCUUGACUUUCUCUCUCGCCAUCUUCUUUACCUUUAAGCCCUUGUAUGCUCGUUCUGUAACAUCUCCAGGAUCUGAUCUCUCAAUAUGAACACUAGCCUUCCGAGUACAUUAAAUGGUUAUUAGUUUGUCGUAUUGAGUAGAGACUGAUCCCUACCCAAAUAGUGAAAAACCCCAAGUGAAGCCCUCAACAUCUUGUCUAUACUUAAAAAACCUCUCUGCCAUAAGUUGAUCCCUCGUCUGAUAUUCAGUGCUGGUCUCUUAGAUCCAUUAUUUCACACCACACAUCCCAAAACUCUUGUAACAUCUUUUCAAACUUAACUUGCGUUCCCAAUAAAUGUCUCACAAGUGAUUUGAUUUAGAAAAAAAAAAAAGUGCCCUAUGUGGCAAAGACUUGAUAACAACCCAGGCUAAACUUAGCUCCUGACCUCGAUGACAUCCAAUUCCCCUGCCUUCCCCCCACCCCCCACAGGAAACUAUUUAAUGUCAAGUAAAACAGGCAAUGUUUUAAGUCACAUUUUAACAUUCGCCACUCUCAUGCGAGUGCAACAUUUAAGUUAACUACUGUAUAAUGAAACACAAAACUCCAAAGUACAACUACUCUUAUCAUACAUAGAGGGGACAGUAAAGUUUUUGCAAAGCAAUACUGACACCUAGUGGCCUUUUCCAGGCACUGACUGAUGAGUGAACGAGCAUUGUGUUGUCCUGUUUCUCAAAUUGCAUUUUAAAAUAAAAUGUCAAAUAGCAGUUAGCAGAUUUUGCUAAUAUAUAUAUAUAUCCUACUGAUAAUACAAUAAAAUUAAAGAUUCUAAA